AUGGCAGACAAACCAAUGUAUGUACGCUACAGCCACCCGGCAAUGACGCAUCCAAGGCCUACGCGUAGACUCCCUACCGUAAUUUUCGAUUCUUUUGAAGCACAAGGGCAGCAAGGCGCACCCCUUGAGAUUUUCUUGCAGAGGCAGCAACAGUUGCAGGAGGAAAUGGAUCGUGAGGGUCCAUGGGGGCUUCGCCCCGCUUUCUUGCCAACGAGCUACACAAACAGCAAUGCCCCUCUCCCAGCUGUCAAUCAGCAGGGUAUCGGAGGUUGUCUAAGAAAGAAGGCAGUGAUCGCAAACGCGCAAGGUAUCUCUCGUGCUCGUGAACAAUCUACCUAUUUUGCAGAGCUGGCGUUGCUUGAAGCGGGGUUGAGUCGGCUGACGCUGGAGGACAAUAGGAAUUGA